AUGGAGCCGUCAUUUGAUGUCCCGGACUCCACAGACUGGCUAGAUACGCCACUUUCACUCCUAGCGCCUCUCGAAUCAUCGCUACGAUGUCAAGUCUGCAAGGACUUUUUUGACAACCCUGUCAUUACCUCCUGCUCGCAUACAUUCUGCUCUCUUUGUAUUCGGAGAUGCCUCAGUACCGAGGGGAAGUGUCCUGUGUGUCGUUCGGCUGAUCAGGAACUGAAACUCCGUCGCAACUGGGCUGUCCAGGAAUUCCUCGAGACCUUUCAGAAUGCGCGACCAAGCGUUCUCGACCUCGCGAGAAAGGAGGCCACGCGCCUCAAAGAAGGAGAUAACCAUGAGCCUUCGCCCAAAAAAAGGAAAGUGGAGAAAAUGAGCUCAACAGAGCAAGUCGCGGUGGUUCAAGCCAGCCCGCAACAUGUGCGGACCAGGUCGCAACGAGUGGCGGGAAACGCGUCAAAGCCACAGCCGAAGGAAGAGGAGGCGGUCGAGGUGAUAGAUGACAGUCAGGAUGAGGAAGAGGAGUACAUUCCCGAAGACGGAAUGGUCGCGUGCCCCAUUUGCGAGCGCAAAAUGAAGGCGCACGCAGUUUUUGCCCACUUGGACAACUGUCAAGGGAAAAUGGAGACGACGCCGCCUAGGGCCCCGGCUUUCGGAUCCCUACAGUCGCGGACAAGGCCUGUCGAAAAAUCGCCCGGAAAAACACUGGACAGGAUACCUGCUAUCAACUACUCUUUAUUGAAAGACAACCUACUACGGAAGAAACUGCGGGAGCUGGGAAUCCCGGAUUGGGGCCCCAGGCCACUCUUGCAACGGCGGCACACCGAGUGGAUGAAUUUAUGGAAUGCCAACUGUGAUUCAAAAAUCCCGAAAACCAAAAGAGGCCUACUGCAGGAACUUGACGUAUGGGAACGAACACAAGGGGGUAAUGCAGGGCCGUCGCCUUUCACAUCAACCAACAAUAAUGUGAUGCGCAAGGACUUCGAUGCUGCUGGGUGGUCGGCAAGUCACGGCGAUGAUUUCAAGCGUCUGAUUGCGAAUGCUCGGAAACGAAGCGAAGCCCAGGUGCGAUCAACGAUCCCCGAAGCUUCUAGGUCGUCUGAGAGUGAACCAGCGAUACGUCCUGCUGCUCCUGGGGACCCUCGGUUGGGAAAUGGUAUAUCAGUAGAGACCAAUCAGAACGUUGGAUCCCACGACUCGCUUGAUCCGUCGAGCUAA